GAGGCGGCGCCUCGGGGGCAGCGCGCGCCCAACGGCACCAACGGCCCCGCAGCCCCUCAGCGGCCCCCGCACCACCUCAGGGGCCCCCUCAGCCCCUCACGGCCCCGCAACCCCUCAGGGGUCCCCUCAGCGGCCCCCGCACCACCUCAGGGGCCCCCUAACCCCCUCACGACCCCGCAACCCCUCAGGGGUCCCCUCAGCCCCCCGGCCGCGCAGGGCCACCCUGCGGAGCCAGCGCCGGUGCUGGGGAGGGACGCGAGGAGCCGAGCUCACCCCGGCGGGAAGGCGGCAGGCGGGCCGCGGGCCUCCCCCAGUAGGUGGCCAGUAGCUGUGACCGGAUUUUGCCCGAAAUCUCUCGGUUCCCACUCGCAACUCAGCUGCCCCAGUGAUAGAGAAGUAAUAGAGAUCAUGGGGAAACUGGGCUUUGAGAAGGCUUGGAUUAAAGAGGAGCAACGAGAGCAGAAUGAUGAGGAAAAACUACCGAUGAAUGAAGAAGAAAUACAGAGGCAUGUAGAGAAAUUACAGAGCUACAUAGAAAAAAUGCAGAAGAAUGAAGAAGAAAUGCGCGAGAACAAAGAAAAAAUGAGGAGGAACGAAGAAAAGAUACAGGAGAUUGAUGAAAAAAUACAGGAGAUCAAAGAAAAAAUACAGGAGAAUGAAGUAAAAAUACAGGAGGACAAAGAAAAAAUACAGCAGAUCAAAGAAAAGAUACGGAACAAUGAAAUAAAAAUACAGAUGAACAAAGAAAAACAGGAAAAGAAAGAAAGAAUGCUGAAAAAUGUGGGAAAACUACAGAAAAAUGAAGUAAAACCAGAGAAGUUCAUGGAUAAAAUACAGGCAAUGAAAGAAAAAAUAAGGAAGAACAAAUCAAAAAUACUGAUGGACGAAGAAGGAAUGCAAAUCAAAGAAGGAAUUAAGAACAAGGGAAAAAUACAGGAGCUGGACAAAAAAAUACAGGAGCUCGACAAAAAAAUGCAGGAGCUUGACAAAAAAAUGCAGGAGGGCAGAGAAAAAAUACAGCAGCUCAAAGAAAAGAUACGGAACAAUGAAAUAAAAAUACAGACAAACAAAGAAAAAAUACAGGAAAAGAAAGAAAGAAGGCUGAAGAAUGUGGAAAAAACACAGAAGAAUGAAAUAAAAACAGAGAGCGAAAUACAGGAGUUCAAAGAAAAAAUACAGGCAAUCAAAGAAAAAAUGAGGAGGAACAAAGAAAUGCAGAUCAAAGAAAAAACACAUCAGAUCAAAGGAAAGAUACAGGAGCUCGAUGAAAAUAUACAGGAGAAUGAAAUAAAAAUGCAGGAUGACAGAGAAGGAAUACAGCAGAUCAAAGAAAAUAUACAGAAAAAUGAAAUAAUAAUGCAGAUGAUCAAAGAAAAAAUACAGGAAAAUGAAGAAAGAAGGCUGAAGAUUGUGGAAGAAAUACAGGAGAAUGAAGCAAAACCAGAGAACGAAAUAAAAAUACAGGAGGACAAAAAUAAAAUACAGCAGAUCAAAGAAAAGUUACGGAAGAAUGAAAUAAAAUUAGAGAUGAUCAAAGAAAAAAUACAGGAAGAGGAAGAAAGAAGGCUGAAGAGUGCGGAAAAAAUACCGAAGAUUGAAGAAGAAAUGCAGAUCAAAGAAAAAAUUAGGAAGAACAAAGAAAAAAUACAGAAGCUCAACAGAAAAAUACAGGAGCUUGACGAAAAAAUACGGAAGAAUACAGAGAAUGAAAUAAAAAUACAGGAGAUGAAAGAAAAAAUAAAGGCAGCCAAAGGAAAAAUAAAGAACAAAGAAAAUAGCAAAAUACCAAAGAACAAAACCAAAAUACUGGAGAGUGAAGUAAAACCAGAGAACGAAAUGGAAAUUCGUAAGAAUGAAAUAAAAAUACAGGAGAUCAAAGAAAAAAUACGGAAGAACAAAUUAAAAAUACAGGAAAGCAAAGAGAAAAUACCGAAGAGUGAGGAAAUAACAGAGAACAAAAUAAAAAUACGUAGGAAAGAAGAAAAAAUAGAGGAGAUCGAGGGAAAAAUGCGGAAGAUCAAAGACGAAAUGCGGAAGAUUGAAGAAAAAAUACAGAAGAACAAAAUAAGAAUACAGGUAAACGAAAAAAUACCGAAGAAUGAAGAAAAAAUACAGAAAUAUAUGGAAGAAUGAGAGAAAACUACAGAAGAAUGAAGAAACAAUAUCAACUAAAAAACUAAAAAAAACCCCAAAACCAUUAAUAAAAUGCUGACAGUCA